AUGGCUAUACAUGGCUAUACAUGGCUAUACAUGGUAAUACAUGGUCAUACAUGGUCAUACAUGGCAAUAAAUGGUAAUACAUGGCAAUACAUGGCUAUACAUGGGUAUACAUGGCUAUACAUGGGUAUACAUGGCAAUACAUGGCUAUACAUGGCAAUACAUGGGUAUACAUGGCAAUACAGGGCUAUACACGGCAAUACAUGGCUAUACAUGGGUAUACAUGGCAAUACAUGGCUAUACAUAGCUAUACAUGGGUAUACAUGGCAAUACAUGGUGAUACAUGGUAAUACAUGGCUAUACAUGACAUUACAUGGCUAUACAUGGCUAUACAUGGCUAUACAUUGCUAUACAUGUUAAUACAUGGUGAUACAUGGUAAUACAUGGCUAUAAAUGGCUAUACAUGGCUAUACAUGGUAAUACAUGGUGAUACAUAAUAAUACAUGGUAAUACAUGGCAAUACAUGGUGAUACAUGGUAAUACAUGGCUAUACAUGGCUAUAUAUGGUAAUACAUGGCUGUACAUGGUAAUACAUGGCUAUACAUGGGUAUACAUGGGUAUACAUGGCAAUACUUGGCUAUACAUGGCAAUACAUGGCUAUACAUGGGUAUAUAUGGCUAUACAUAGGUAUACAUGGCUAUACAUGGGUAUACAUGGCAAUACAUGGUGAUACAUGGUAACACAUGGCUAUACAUGACAUUACAUGGCUAUACAUGGCUAUACAUGGCUAUACAUUGCUAUACAUGGUAAUACAUGGUGAUACAUGGUAAUACAUGGCUAUACAUGGCUAUACAUGGCUAUACAUGGUAAUACAUGGUGAUACAUGGUAAUACAUGGCAAUACAUGGUAAUACAUGGCAAUACAUGGCUAUACAUGGGUAUACAUGGCUAUACAUGGGUAUACAUGGCAAUACAUGGCUAUACAUGGCUAUAUAUGGGUAUACAUGGCAAUACAUGGUGAUACAUGGUAAUACAUGGCUAUACAUGACAUUACAUGGCUAUACAUGGCUAUACAUGGCUAUACAUUGCUAUACAUGGUAAUACAUGGUGAUACAUGGUAAUACAUGGCUAUACAUGGCUAUACAUGGCUAUACAUGGUAAUACAUGGUGAUACAUGGUAAUACAUGGCAAUACAUGGUAAUACAUGGCAAUACAUGGCUAUACAUGGGUAUACAUGGCUAUACAUGGGUAUACAUGGCAAUACAUGGCUAUACAUGGCUAUAUAUGGGUAUACAUGGCAAUACAUGGUGAUACAUGGUAAUACAUGGCUAUACAUGACAUUACAUGGCUAUACAUGGCUAUACAUGGCUAUACAUUGCUAUACAUGGUAAUACAUGGUGAUACAUGGUAAUACAUGGCUAUACAUGGCUAUACAUGGCUAUACAUGGUAAUACAUGGUGAUACAUGGUAAUACAUGGCAAUACAUGGUAAUACAUGGCAAUACAUGGCUAUACAUGGGUAUACAUGGCUAUACAUGGGUAUACAUGGCAAUACAUGGCUAUACAUGGCUAUAUAUGGGUAUACAUGGCAAUACAUGGUGAUACAUGGUAAUACAUGGCUAUACAUGACAUUACAUGGCUAUACAUGGCUAUACAUGGCUAUACAUUGCUAUACAUGGUAAUACAUGGUGAUACAUGGUAAUACAUGGCUAUACAUGGCUAUACAUGGCUAUACAUGGUAAUACAUGGUGAUACAUGGUAAUACAUGGCAAUACAUGGUAAUACAUGGCAAUACAUGGCUAUACAUGGGUAUACAUGGCUAUACAUGGGUAUACAUGGCAAUACAUGGCUAUACAUGGCUAUAUAUGGGUAUACAUGGCAAUACAUGGUGAUACAUGGUAAUACAUGGCUAUACAUGACAUUACAUGGCUAUACAUGGCUAUACAUGGCUAUACAUUGCUAUACAUGGUAAUACAUGGUGAUACAUGGUAAUACAUGGCUAUACAUGGCUAUACAUGGCUAUACAUGGUAAUACAUGGUGAUACAUGGUAAUACAUGGCAAUACAUGGUAAUACAUGGCAAUACAUGGCUAUACAUGGGUAUACAUGGCUAUACAUGGGUAUACAUGGCAAUACAUGGCUAUACAUGGCUAUAUAUGGGUAUACAUGGCAAUACAUGGUGAUACAUGGUAAUACAUGGCUAUACAUGACAUUACAUGGCUAUACAUGGCUAUACAUGGCUAUACAUUGCUAUACAUGGUAAUACAUGGUGAUACAUGGUAAUACAUGGCUAUACAUGGCUAUACAUGGCUAUACAUGGUAAUACAUGGUGAUACAUGGUAAUACAUGGCAAUACAUGGUAAUACAUGGCAAUACAUGGCUAUACAUGGGUAUACAUGGCUAUACAUAGGUAUACAUGGCAAUACAUGGCUAUACAUGGGUAUACAUGGCAAUACAUGGCUAUACAUGGCUAUACAUGGCUAUACAUGGCUAUACAUGGGUAUACGUGGUAAUACAUGGCUAUACAUGGCUAUACAUGGCUAUACAUGGCAAUACAUGGUGAUACAUGGUAAUACAUGGCAAUACAUGGUAAUACAUGGCAAUACAUGGCUAUACAUGGGUAUACAUGGCUAUACAUGGGUAUACAUGGUAAUACAUGGCAUUACAUGGGUAUACAUAGCUAUACAUAGGUAUACAUGGCUAUACAUGGGUAUACAUGGCUAUUUUGAUACAUUUCUUGAUACACUUUAA